AUGUUUGAUUACCAGGACAAGAAGCACAUUUACAAGGACGCCCUUGAUUUGAAACAUCCGGAAUCACAGCCAAUUGCCAAGGAGCAUAAUUUGAAGCAAACUGCCAUCAAUAUGACUUUUGACACUGUCGAAGAUGCAGCAGGCUUCACAUCGGCCGUCUUGGAUGGAAAGAAGGAGAAAGUCUACAUCAACGAGCCAAACUUCUUGAACCCUAGGAAAGCCGAUGAUUUGUUCAUUGACUACAGCGAGAAAUGUGUGGUGAUGUAG